GCAGGUGGCCCGGUGAUAGUGACAGUUGGAUUUUGGAUUCUUUCUAUCGACAAGAUUGAUGUUGUCAACAUGGUGUUAAUGAAACAAUUAUUUUCUGAAUAUCAUUUAGAACUAAAUACGUAAUGUCUAAACAUGAGGGUUAUUUUUGCUCUCCGAAAAUUUUGCUUUCGCCUGCUCUGUCUCGGGAAGCAUUAGAAUCCGAGGGAGAAACAAUUAACUAGUCUCCUGAGCUAAGGACCCUCAGUUAGUGAUUUGUUAAAUAGCCCCCGAAGAGAAACUCUAGGUGAACAAAUUUAUGAAUGUUUAUCUCUCUCGGGCUCCUGCGAAGGGACAACAUUUGCGUGUAAAACCAGUGGACUGUUACCCUCUGACGUCACAUUUAGUGUUCAUGUUGCCUCAUGCUGGGAGAAUUUUUGCGCGAAACCGUUUUAUUGUUGGAUGACACGUGACCUCCAAGUGACCAAUGAGAGUGCGUAUUGCAAGAGAAAAAAAAUCCAGGGCCCAGUUGUUCGAAAGAUGAAUAGCACUAUCCGCCUGGCCCAGGUUGCUCGAAGCAUGGUUAGUGCUAACCAGCGUUAAAUACCAUGGAAACGUAUACAUUAUACCUCUUAACCAACGGUUAGCGCUAACCACGCUUCGAGCAACCGGCCCCUGGUAAAUUUCUAUCUAGAGGAUAGUGCAAUUGGUUUCCCGAAUACUUAUCCACUGGAUAGAGAUUUAUCCGAUGGAGCAAAAAAUUGAAAUUAUCUGGGUUAGUAAUCAUCUUUUAAUUUUCAAGGAUUUUACGAUCGACAUAUUACUCCGACAAGAGUGGAUCGACAGAAGACUUUGUCAUAGACUCAAUCAAACCAUUACACUGAACGGCGGAGCUAGAAAAACUAAGAUCUGGAUACCGGAUUCUUAUUUCCUCAACGCCAAAGCCGCCAAAAUGCACAAAGUUACAGCGCCAAAUGUGAUGUUCACGAUAGACCCGUCUGGGAACAUAAAAUACAAUGCAAGGUAACCACAAUUGGAAACUUAUAACACAACGAUGACGAAACGAAAGAUAUCUAUAUAAGCCUUAUUGACCAAGCUUGUUCGGGAAAGAUGGCUAAAUAUGGCCGUCUUUUUUUCUUGCGUUUUUAAGGGCCGAGACGAAGACAAGGUCUAUAAAUAAGACAAAAAAACGGCAAGUUCAAUAUCCAGGCAUCUUUAGCUUGAUCAAUGAAGGGUUUUUAUAUGUGGCCAAUGGAAUUUUUUCGCCUGCGGCUGGGAUCAGAGCGGCAAAACCGAGCGGGAAAGAUAGGGUAACCAAUAAAGACAAAGGAUUUACUCCAUCUUACCCGCUCGGAGAAGAUAUGACACAUGGUUUUUUUGUCGAUGUAAGUAGUCUCGUAAGUUUUUCUAACCCUAAUUUCAAUAAAGUUCAAUAAACCUUGUGUCCUGUGUCGUCUGUGUAAAAAGCGCUCACUAAAACACACCACGGUCACCUCCUAAAGGUAAACAUUAACAAGAAGAACACAAAAAAUCGUUUGGAAUCAGGGAAAUUUUGCUUGUAGAAUCCGGAAUCCAAGUUCCGCUGACGAGGAAUAACCACUCGAGUACCUUAAAUCCAAUAUCCACAGUGUGGAAUCCAGAAUCCAAGACUGUCCUGGAUUAUCUUACACAGGGCUACCCAGAACGUUAGGAACUGAAUAUACUUCUAACUAGUAUAGGUAAAAAAUAAUUCCGUGAAGGUAACUUAGUUAUAUAUAAUUUAUAUUAUAUUAAGGUCCUUACAUUACGUUAGUAAUGCAUAUCUGUGAUUAACAUCUCUACAGGGUAACCACCAAAGCAGCUUGCCAGUUUGACUUAAGGAAGUUUCCAAUCGAUAUCCAGGUCUGCCCACUUAUUCUGGAAAGUUGUAAGUUUCAUUGUUGGAUGCAUCUCCAUCGAUCCUCUACUGGCAGAUGUUGUAACAAUCUUCUCCAACCCAUAAAUAGACAUCAUUUUUGACCAAUAAAGGGAUGCAAAAGCGUACCUAGACCUCAUAAUCACUCAGCCAAAUUUGAAAACCCGCGUUAGGCCUAGUUUACAAAUCAGUCCCACACAAGCAUAAGCCCAAGCAAAUCCCAAAUAUCUAGAUAUCAAAGAUAAUAAUGUGAUUGUGGCAAAACCUGUACAUGUAUAUAGGGCCGUAUCGAGUUCUUAGCCUAUUCUCUAAAUUUCCUUCCACAUAAUCAGUAGCCCCCAUAAGGCUGCAAAGAUGCUAAUUACUAAAUGGAAGCCGUACCUUCUAAUGUUAUUUGCUGUUUUCCAAGAUGGUUACGAUAGUCAGCACAUCAGAUAUAAAUGGGAAGUUUGGGAAGCAAGCGGCAAAAAGUCCUCAUCAUCUGAUAUCCGUGCAACGUCAAACUACGUUUUGAAAAAGACUGAGUUUUUUUCGAAUAUGAACCAGUAUUUUGCAGGUAAGAUCGGGCAGAAUUAAAAUUAAGUUACUUGUUUAAAUUUUGCUUGGAUCGUCAUUCCCGUGUGAAGUAUAAGCUAUUGCUGGUCCCGUCUGAGUCUGAAUGUCCUGGACUAACUUCUCCAGAAUGAUCAACUUAUGUCUUUCAGUCUUCUUCAUGCCAGCCCCUCCAUGGUGUUUUCCAGGUGUUUUUAGGGCGAUUUCUCUUUCUUUUUUUUUACGAAUUCCAUCUCUGAUUUUCUGCUUCGUGAUGAUCUUGGCCAAAUUUAUUCAAUGCACGAACUGAGUUAAAAUAUCAGUUUAGAAACAAAAAUACAGUAAUCCAACAAAUAGCAUCCACAUAUGGCCGCACCAUAAGCACUGUUUAUGGAAUGAGGCGAUACUGGGCGGUUUAUCAACUUGACAUCACAGUUAUUUUAGUUUUGAUUUUCCAAGCACACGAGGAACAACUUAAAAAUGUAUAUACAGCCAAAGUGUCUUUUCUGGCCACUAGUUUUCAAAGUGUAACACUCAUUUUCAGAUUCAGGGGAUCAAUUUAAGUUUCUGAGAAACUGCCCACCUACCCCUCCCCUAAGCCAACAUUUUGCCCUAAGUGAGACGUAAGUGUUAAUGUUAGCUUGGGGAGGGGUAGGUGGGCUUCCCAGGAACCUAAAUUGUUCCCAAUUUUGUACUGGUAACAAACCCGGACUUUUUCUUCCACGCAUGCGCAAAUUGUAUUUAGAGCAGGGCAUUUGAAGGUUUCCAUUUACGAACCGUUACUUCUCCCAGGUAAUUUCUCCGGGGUUCGAGCAGAAUUUACAUUUGAGCGUUCCUGUAGCUACUUCUUAAUCGAAAUGUACGGCAUGAGUGUUGUUCUUGUCGCCAUAUCGUGGAUGGGAUUUCUGGUACCUUUGGACCAAACAGCUGCUCGUAUUGCCUUGGGUAUUACAUCGGUUCUCACGGAGGUUGCUAUCCUAAAUAUUAUGAACAACGCUAUGCCAAAGGUAUGUGAUCAUUUAAAAGAAUCGAACACAAUUAUUUUUUUCCAUUGCCUACGCACUAAUAUGGUUUCCGGAAAUGGCGUUAUACAAUGUUCAAAGUUCAAGUGGAACAACGAGCCUCAGAUGAGUGGUCAGUUUCACUGGAAAUUUUUUCAACAGUUGACUUCUUCCGGAAAAUUGUGCUCGCUGAACGGACUGCGUCAUUUCCAGUGUCUUUACUCUUAUUUACUAAUCUCGACCAAUGAGCUCAUGAGAAAGCUAUAGCUCUCCACCAAUUAACGCUCGAGAAAUCGAUCACUCUUAAAGGCUAUAGCUCUAGACCAGCCUGGCUCUAAACCAAUGACCACUCGAUAAAACGAUUACUCUUGACGGCUAUCCGCUCACUACUAACGAGCGAGCGAGAAAUCAAUCAGUUAUUGUAGAAUUAACAAAUAUACUGUUUGAAUGUUACUGUUAGAGUAAAAAGUAAGUAAUACUAUCGUCUAUGAAAAAUUCUGUGUUAAUAAUUUUUCGAUUUCUUAAAUAUCACCAGGUUAGUUAUAUCAAAUCCAGUGAUAAAUACCUGAUUGGCUGUUUCGUGUUUGUGUUUUUCACACUUAUGGAGUACUGUUUUGUUCUGCUGUUGAAAGCUAGACAGAAGAAUCAUAAAGCAUCUGAAACCUUCAAGGAACAAACGGUAAGGAGCAUUGCAAACUAAGCCUUUCCGCUCAGUUGUUCAUUAUUUACAUGAGAGAAUAGCUAGGGGAAGAGAGCGAAUCCCUGUGCCCCAUGAUAAUUAUUUGAGAUCUAUUUUAGUUCGCGCCCAUGCUAGGUAGGUAAUUUUGUCUGCUUUUCCCCUGACCACGCGAUCUGCUUUCACGUGAAUUAGACAUGUUUCGCCCGACGGCGCGCAGAUCUCGAAAACUGAUCAGUGGUAGGGAGGCAAAUUGUGAAACGGACUUCGGCUCCAGACCUCUCCGCGUGCUUUCACGUUCUCAUAUGCGGUAUCAGCAAACUUUCAGAUUAACCCUGCCCUCUUUGUUCUUUACAGAACUAUAGAGAAAAUACCCUCUUCCAAAUUGAUAAGAGGAACGAAAUGGCAGCCAUAGAGAAUGAAAGCAAAUGCCAGCCUCUUACUUCGCCAUCGGCGUCAACGGACAACUCUGAACCGGUGCCACCUGAGGCAAACACUGGCAAACAACUGACAUGGAUGGAAAAGUAUCUCCUAAAUACCAGAGAAAUGAUUCUGGGAGAAGAUUUUAUGUCGAAUGUCGAUGGAUAUUCCUUCAAGAUAUUCCCAGUUGCUUUCGCUUUGUACAACCUUUAUUAUUGGAUGGAAUUGUCUUGGUAA